GAGGCAGAGCGGGAGCGGGCGGCGGAAGAUGCUGUGCCUCACGGCAGCCUUCCAGUUGCUGCUGGUGCUGGUGCUGUGCAGCCAGGGUCUAGAGAGGUGUCCUUCAGCCUUCUGCGAGUGCUCUGACUGGGAGGACUACAAAAUCACUUGCAGGGACAUCUCCUUUAUUCCCAGCCUUCCGGAGGACACCCAGACCCUGAGGUUUUUGGAGACUCAUCUAAGAAAAAUUCCAAGUGAUGCUUUUUCUAAUCUCCCCAACAUCUCUAGGAUUUACAUCUCUAUAGAUGAAACACUUCAGAGUCUGGAGGCCCAUUCCUUCAACAGUUUGAGCAAAGUCACUCACAUUGAAAUUCGUAAUCUUAGAAACUUGGAUUACAUAGAUCCAGAUGCCUUUAAGAACCUCCCACUUUUGAAAUACCUUGGUAUUUUUAAUACUGGACUCAAAGUUUUUCCAGAUCUCAACAAAAUCUAUUCAUUUGAUGUGAAUUUUUUGCUUGAAGUUGCAGAUAAUCCUUAUAUGACUUCAGUGCCUGCAAAUGCUUUCCAUGGGCUUUGUAAUGAAUCUCUAACCCUUAAACUCUACAAUAAUGGUUUUACCAGUAUUCAAGGCCAUGCUUUUAAUGGGACAAAUCUGGAUGCUAUCUAUCUGCACAAGAACAAGUACCUCAAAGUUAUCAAUGAUGAUGCAUUUCUGGGAGUGCACAGUGGACCAACUCUACUGGACGUCUCCAGAACAGCUGUUGCCAACCUUCCAGCCAAAGGAUUAGAAAGCCUAAAAGAACUAAUGGCCAAAAAUACAUGGACUUUAAAGAAAUUACCAGCUGUAAAGGUAUUUCUUCAGCUAAUGCGAGCUGACCUAUCAUAUCCAAGUCACUGCUGUGCUUUCAAGAGCUGGAAAAAAAAAAGUGGGAUCCUGGAGUACCUGAUGUGUAACCAGAGCAGCCACAGCUUUCAUAAGAGAUCAGUUAAGACUUUCAGAGACCCGUUUUACAAAGAUUAUGCAGAAGAAUACACAGACCACACUAAUGCUGUGUAUGACACAAACACCAAGUUCACAAGUUUCCAUGAAAAUCCCCAUUAUUACAUUUUUUUGGAAGAACGUGGAGAAGGAAAUUUUGGCUUUGGCAAAGAGCUCAAGAACCCUCAAAUGGAAGAUGUCCAGACUUUUGACAGUCAUUAUGACUAUCCUGUCUGCGGAAGCAAUGAAGACGUAAUAUGCACGCCAGAGCCUGAUGAGUUUAAUCCCUGUGAGGAUAUAAUGGGAUAUCAGUUUCUGAGGAUUGUGGUGUGGUUUGUGAACCUGCUUGCCAUCCUAGGCAACAUUUUUGUCCUUUUCAUUCUUCUCACCAGUCAUUAUAAACUGACUGUACCUCGCUUUUUGAUGUGCAACUUGGCCUUUGCCGACUUUUGCAUGGGGUUAUACCUCCUCCUGAUCGCUUCAGUGGAUCUCUACACCAGGUCAGAGUACUAUAAUCAUGCCAUAGAGUGGCAGACAGGGCCUGGCUGCAACACAGCUGGGUUUUUCACGGUCUUUGCCAGUGAACUUUCUGUGUACACGCUGACGGUGAUCACGCUGGAGCGCUGGUACGCCAUCACCUUCGCCAUGCGGCCUGACCGCAAGAUUCGCCUGCGGCACGCCGUGCUCAUCAUGCUGGGAGGGUGGUUCUCCUGCAUCCUGCUCGCCCUUUUGCCACUGGUUGGUGUCAGCAGCUACAACAAAGUCAGCAUCUGCUUGCCUAUGGACACUGAAACACCAGUGGCUGAAGCCUACAUUGUCUUUGUUUUAAUAUGCAACAUUAUAGCUUUUGUCAUCAUUUGUGCCUGCUACAUAAAAAUCUACAUAACUGUGCGAAACCCCCAGUACAAGUCAGGGGACAAAGACACCAAAAUCGCCAAGAGGAUGGCUGUGUUGAUCUUCACGGACUUUCUGUGCAUGGCUCCCAUCUCUUUCCAUGCUUUAUCUGCCAUUAUGAACAAACCACUGAUAACUGUCUCCAAUUCCAAGAUUUUGCUGGUACUUUUCUACCCACUCAAUUCUUGUGCCAACCCCUUUCUUUACGCUAUUUUCACCAAAGCUUUCCGCAGAGAUGUGUUUAUCCUGCUAAGCAAGUUUGGUAUAUGUGAGCAUCAGGCUCAAGUCUACAGAGGUCAGACAGUCUCAGCCAAAAACAGCAGCGGGUCUUAUGGGCAGAGAAUCAGCCGAGGGAUAGGUCAGAUUCUUACAAGCAUUCAAGAUCCAGUCAAUGAUUACCUUCCUGCUGUGACAAUGCAGAACCAAAUUCUCAUGGAAGAAUGCAAGCAAACUGAGCUAUAA